AUGGGGGAUUCCUCUGGAAGGAUAGAUGUUGAGAAGCUAGUUCCAUUCAGCGAUGAUUUGAUUGCCGUUUUAAAGGAUAAAAGAGAUAGUAACAGCUUGAUUCAAUGUCUUGAACAAUCAAAGUCUCUCAAUUCCUCUUGCGACGCCGAAUUUAGCGACUCCAAAGCCCUAAUUGAAGAUUAUGAGAAAAAGAUAGAAGAAUGCAAGAAGAAGACGGAGAAGGCGACAUCAGAAGUUGUUUCGGAUGCGGAAAUGGAGGUUCUUCACAAGGAAUUAGAAGCGGAGCUUGAAAAAGAACUGGUCAACAACGAGAUCAAUGGUUUGAAGCGUCAACGGAUUUCUUUCGAGGUAAAAAAGCAAAAUCUGAAGAAAGACGAGAAAGAUGAGCUUAGAGCACAUUUGAAGUUAAUUGAUUGUCGGCAUCUUUGUGCUCCAUCUCAGCUGGGAAUCUCGAAUCUUGUAACAUGUGUUUUGUGGUUGCUUUCAAUGUAUGCAUCUCUGACUAAUAUCAUCCCAGACUUGGAUGAUCACUCCGGAAUCUCUGGCCGUCCAAUUCUGUUUGGGAAUCAUGGCAGAUUGCUUGUCCUUAAUAUUGAGCAUUUGGGAGAUGAUAAAUCAGCAAUAGAUGUUGGACAUCUUCAGCUGGCAUGGCUGAUUCUACUUGGUUCCAAUGCUUAUAGGGAGGACCCUGUUUCCUUGUUAUUCUAUUCAUUAUCAGUAGAGGCUAUAUUUUCUCGAAGGGAGGAGAAAAAGACUGACCCACUAAUUAGAUCACCCUGUUGUUUAUCAACUACAGGAAUCCAUCCACCAGGUGAGUUCCUUGUGUAA